AUGGCUGUUCAUUCGUUACGGUCGCAGAACGACGGUGGCAUCGGCGUCCUUGUUGUCCUUUUUCUUUGGUGUUUCCAACAUGCACUCGCUCAAACUGGGUCCGUUUAUCAACUUGACUCGGAAUAUUCAGGAACAAAUUUCUUCGAUGGCUGGGAUUUCUUUACGGGAGGAGAUCCGACAGGUGGAUUCGUCACGUACUACAGUCGUUCAUCGGCGCAACUUGCUGGUAUGAUCAACUCCAGCAGUUCGCAACCGACAUAUAUCGGCUCAGACUAUACGACUCUCAUCGGGAACCCGAACGGCGCAGGCAGACCCAGCGUGAGAAUAUCGACCAAACGGUCAUGGACCCAUGGCUUAUUCAUUGGGGAUUUCAAUCACUCGCCCGCUGGGAUCUGCGGGACGUGGCCGGCAUUCUGGACUUUGGGCCCGAAUUGGCCAUACAAUGGCGAAAUCGACAUCAUGGAAGGUGCAAACUUGAAUACAUACAAUGGGAUGACACUACAUGCGUCCCCAAAUUGCACGAUUGCAGGAGACAGCAGAUUGAUGUCGGGACAGCUUCAAAGCUCGAACUGUGCUUAUUAUGUGAGUCAGCCCCCAAACUACAAUGUCGGUUGCAGUAUAAGUGACAGACGCAGUCAGAGUUAUGGCACGAACUUCAACACUGGUGGCGGUGGUGUCUAUGCCAUGCAAUGGACGUCCGACUAUAUUGCCGUAUGGUUCUUCCCUCGAGGCUCAAUCCCAGCGGACAUCACCAACAAGACUCCCAAUCCUUCCGGAUGGGGUUUGCCGGCGGCUGAAUUUCAAGGGUCUUGCCAGAUUGAUCAGAAGUUCCAGGCUCACAAGAUUGUGAUGAACAAUGCCUUUUGCGGCGAAUAUGCUGGAGCUUCGACCGUGUGGAAUUCUUCGACAAACUCCUGUGCGGCUUCUACGGGAUAUGCGACUUGCAAUGCAUACGUGGCUGGCCAACCUGGAGCCUUUCAGAAUGCUUACUGGAGCAUCAAUUCGGUGAGAGUGUACCAACUUGUCGACUCCGGUUCCAGCGCGACCUCUUCUUCUCCGUACAUUGCCAGCUUGCAACCGACCUCGACGAUCAGCACCACGACGGGAUCUACACCGACACCGACACCCACCACGGCACUGUGCCCAGGGUACAACUUCACCGUCGUCCAGUUGGGUGCUUUCAGUUACGAGAUUGAGUGUGGCGUCAACCCUGGAGGUCACGAUAUUGGUGCGCCGUACUCGGGAUUCCAGGUCAAUUCCUUCGAAGACUGUAUCGCAGGGUGCAGCUACUGGAACGCCAACAUUUCCGCCAACUACUGUGCCGCCGUCACGUAUCAAUUCAGCAGCAAGGCUUGUUACUGGAAAAAGGAUUGUUACGCUCAACCUGCCAACGCAGCGUACAACGGUGCUCGGCUGAUCUAUUACGCCUACCCACAGGUGACGGAUGAUCCGAGAAGUCAGACGUUAACCAGCAGUAGUACUUCGUACGUGCAGACCACCCCGACCCCGAACACGUGGAGAUACAUCUUCUUCAUCAAGUUCGAUGUCGAGCGUCUCGAUCAGCCCAACAACAUCGACCUCAUCGGCAUCACUAGCGACAUCGUCAUCGUCGUCGACCACAACUGUACUGUCACAGUCAUCCACGACGGCAUCGGUAGCGGUCAGUACUUCAUCAACUCAACCGUUGGCCACGAGUUCCACUGCGACUAUCGGGAGUCUAUCAACACAGGUACUUUCGUCUUCGAAUUCGAUAACCACUUCGAUAUCGGGUUUACGUUCUACAACCAUAGUUCAGCCGACAACAGCAAUUCAGACUUCGACUACGGUGAUACAGCCUUCACAAUCAAGCACGACAUCGGCCAUGGUACUCAGCUCGACAACGACAAGGCUUACGCAAUCCAGUACGACUCCAGUGGUGGUAAUGAGCUCAACGACGACGACGGUGUUUGUUGCGCCGUCCUCAUCUACUAUGAAUCCAGCCCAAUCUUCUACUAG